AUGCCACUUGCGGUCCGCCGCCAAGAAGGAUGUAAUGUCUGCGAAGAUCCUGUCUUUCAGCUGCAAGGCUUGCCCAUUGAUAGAAGAUCACCUACCGACCUCGGCGCUGCUUUUACCUCGAUGGACAUUGACGGUCACGUUAUUGAUUGUCCAUGCAAAUCCUUUGUCGUUCUUGAUAGCUCUUUCGACGUUGUCCAAGACCUCCUGGCGGCUUUCAGCGAAGGUUGGCGAAUGCUCAGAUUUCGAGCCUUCCACUACAUAGUAGUCAUCGUCAAGGGCGGUGAAGCCAGCCAGCUGCGCUCGCGAUUGCCCCUCGCGAGGAUUGUUAUCGUCCCGGCGAGACGGAAGGGGGCUGGAAAGACAUGGGUCAAUCUUAGGGAUGUCCAUGGGUUUGCGAAAUUUCCAUCGCACACUACCGCUAAAGGUCAAACAACACCUAGGGUCAAGAAGAGAGCAGGAAAAGCAUCUUGGUUGCUGCGAGGCUUUCGUACUGCCAGCCACCCCUCAGUACCUCUAAAAGGAAAGUGCAAACCAGGCGAGACUUGGCUCUCCGCCGAUGAGUCAAAAGCCAGAAAGGGAAAUCCGAAUCCUGCCGUGGCAGCAAUGAGCGUUCCUGUACUGCCACGGUCACAGCUAGCACAUCAAAAAAUCCGCGCAUCGAGAGGCGCCGGAUGGGCUGGGAGCGGCUGUGCAACUUCAUCGAGAAGUCUCCGAUCGCUGGGCGAGCCAUACAUGUCCUCGCAGGCUGGUGUUUCGGCAGUUCACCUCAUCAAGGUGCUGCGAACGCUGAAGGAUGGAGUGUUAUCUUCUCGCUUUGUGAGCGAAGCGGCCGCAGGAGCAGCGGGUCGUGUCGGGCCGUUGGCUAUGGAAACUCAAUUCCGUCUUAUGUCCGAUCCUCCUCAGCAACAUCCCUCGCCGCCAGAGGUUCGAUUUGUCAAAGAGACGGUCCUGUACGAUCUAUCGACGCGGACAUGA